CUUAGCUGAACGCUUUGAGGUGGCUUCAAACACUUUUCAGGGUGCCAACUAUUUUUAGUAGGUCACGAAAGUAAUCCCCUCAAGUAUCUGUGGCCAUCAGCCGCCAAACAAUUGCAGUUAAUGAGGGAAACUAGCAAUUAAUUAGUCAAGGAUAAGAACGAAAUUGCAGGCGUAGCAAAGUGCGAAGUGCGAACUGUGGCAAGUUGAGAUUCUGUGGCGUGGGGCAAGUUCAUUUCACGUGAAAAGCAGCCGCGUCAAUGCACACAAGUUGGAAGCAAGAGUUUUCCACUGUCAAUAGUCAAUUUUUUGCUAAACUUAGGUCCGCUGGGAAAGCGCUUUGAGGGAAAUCGCUUGUGAAAAUGAGUCGCUGGGGUCGCCGCUGGUGGAUGACGUGCAAGGGUCACGUUCCCAAUCACGCAGCAGUCGGAGCACAAAGUCUAAAAACUAAAAAGUGCAACACCGUCGUUGCCUCUUUUGUGUUAUUCGUAGGCGUGUGUGGCAAGUGGCAAGUGUGGCAACAACAGGCAGCAAGAGUCACGUUGACGUUUCGCAAAGGAAAACACUUUCACACUUUCGUACUUUCACACUUAAAAAACGACGAGGCAACAGGUUGUAUGUCUGGAAAAAAAACAAAAUGUGUGAGAGCUCACGUUGUGUUGUGGUUGCCACGACUGCUGUUGUGGCACUGACGAACGCUUGGAGUUCGUCAGGAGAUGAACCGAACUGCUGUGCGUUUUGGCCAUCGCACGAAGUGUCCUCGUCGUGGCCAAAGGAUGUGGCCAACAGGCGGAGGGAGCAGGCGACAACGAAUCGACACGAAGGUUAAACGCGAACGCGCUCGACAUUGAGUGCAACUAUAAAAGACGCAGCACGGACGCCUGCUCCAGCAGUCAGUGCCAAGACGUCGCGCUAAAAGGCAACUUCAAAGUGCAAAAAACCAAAACCAAAAAGAAAUCUAAAAAGCAAAAACAAAGUGAACUAAAAAGAACUUUAACUCUUAUCGUGAGAUGGAUACGCUAUCGCCAAACAAUUGCUCCAAGUCGAGUUCCAGCGGCAGUUCCGCGACCAGCUCCUCCAUGGAUCUGGGUGGUGACAAGAACAAGUCAACGAAGCAGCAGCGUCAACGAGCUCAAAAGUUGUCGAGAUCGCGGAGUUUGCUGCAGUUGCUGAGCAAACAUCUGGGCAGACAUUUCCAGCAUCAUCAUCAUCAGAAUGACACCGUCUACAGCAGCCAGGAUGACAUACGCAGCUCCUCAACGGAUUCCUUCAGUUUGAGUUAUGAACGUGGUUCGCGCAACGAGUGCUUGGAGGAGGUGUUACAUGGUGGCUCGAGCUUGGACUUGGAGAACACAUCGCGCACUUCGUCGGCUUCGUAUUCGCCUGGUCUGGAGUUCUAUGACAACAACACACACAUCUAUGUGGAGACUGUUUAUCGUCCGGGCAGCGCAAUGGAGCAAUUGCAGCCUCAUCACUAUCACGAUGACAACAGCAGUGUCGAGGACGUUGAGGAUGAGGACGAGGACGAUGCUGAGGUGCAGCAUGUGGAUGAGAAUGAGAAUCUCAAGUUGAAUGCGGAGCCACAGCCACGUUCAGCAUCGGCGGCUUCAGCUGGCGCUGCGACAACAGCAACAUCAACAGCAACAACAAAAGGUGGACUGCACUUGAGUCGCAUUUCGAUCUCAUCAUCAGUCAGUCGCAUGUUGCAACAUUUCUCCACAUCGGCGGCAACAACGGCCACCGCAUCGUUGCGUUCGCUGUCCUGCAGCAGCACACCGUUGCGACAGUUGCGUGUGUCGCCGAUGAAAAAGUCACCGCACGGCAGCAACAACUGUCACAGCAGCAGCAGCAGCAGCAACAGCAGUUGCAGCAGCAGUCACAGCAACAGUCACAGCAGCAGCAACAGCCACAGCAACAGCAACAGCAACUCAUCGAAGUCUGGCAAAAAGGAUAAGAAGCAGCAGAGCAUAUUGCGACCUCCAGUUCAGUAUGUUUACAUGAAGGGCAUGUCCGGAUUGUAUUCGCGGGUGCCCAGCUACGCGGUCUGCUGUCCCUACACAUUGCACCACAUGUAUUAGAAAGAGAGAGAGAGCGAUAGAGCGAGUGCGAAAGAGAUGGUCACGAAGAGGCGUCAUCGCGGCGAGGACAUUGCCCAGCACAACACACAAUGCUGAAUGUUGAAUGCUGAAUGCGGGUGAAGGCCAAUGCCAAUUUUUUCGGGUUGGGGGGCGGGUAGUUUAUAGUGAAAAGUGAUGUAGUGCCUAAAGAACGAAACACAUAAAUAAGGGAACGGAACUGUAGAACUAGACUUUAGAGAGAAAUAGAGAGACAGAGCUGGAGUUUGGCAUACAAAGUUAGCGAUCAUACAACAUACAACAUAUUUUAUAAAUGUGUAAAUGUUUAGCCAAAAGAAAAACAACAACAAACUAAAUACUCUAAUCUCUAGUUGUAUGGACUUUCAGUUUACAGUAGUUAAAUGUUUAGUUUAAAAGAAUACACAAACACACAAAUACAAAACCCCUUAACUUCCACACAUAUCUCCCCUAAGAAAAAAUGUAGUUCUUAACAAUGUUUGUCUCAAUUUUUGGAGCUUGGCUCGCUAAAAAAAAGAAAAACAUAAUAUUAUUAUUAACUAAGUACAAUGAAGAAAACCAUUUCGAAAUGUUUGCCAUUUUUCAACUAUACUUUGCACUUAUUUCAAUGGGCACUUGACUUAGACAAAAUUACGAAUUUACCGAAAGAAAAACAAAACAACAAAAAAUAAUCAAAAUUGUACAAAAUACACACCAAAAAAAAAGGACAAAAAUAUAUACAAAAAUAUUAUAAUUAUUAUUAUUAUAUGAAGUAAUAAUCCAACAAAUCUUUAGUCGCCACAAAUGUUUGCUUAUUUCCAUUUAAAAAAAAAGAACAGAAAAAAGAGAACACAACAGCAUACGAAAACACUUUUUUAUUAACUAUUACAAAAAAGAUAGCAAAAAUAUUUAGAGACUAAGUAAAUAAAUACCCUAUAUAUAUAUAUUUUUAGAGCAUAUAACCUUAAGCAUAAGUUUAGCCGUCAAAACGAAUAAAAACAGAAACACAAAUCUAAAACAAAAUCUCUAAAAAAAAUAUGAAUUUUUAUUUCAAAAAAUGCAUUUAACGGGUUUCAAAGCUUUUGGACAAAGCUUUGGCAUCCUUUAAGGACACAUUUGAAGGUAAAAGCUUGUUGUGGGGCAUGCGCCUGCGCCUUGCCACAAGUUGCACGUGAACUGAACUGUACCCAGGGAACAGUUUUUGUUGCUGCCGCUUCUGCUUCUGCUGCUGCUGCGGCGACUGAUGAUGUAGGUAAAGUCCUCAAUUUCAAGUUGGUGAAGGACUCGACCUUAUAGUUUUGACAUACGAUAUCAUGUCUGCUGCGACUACUCGUCGUAUAUAUAUGGUGCUAAGAACGACGAUGACGUUAAUCGCCAGAUGCCACAUGCUACGUGCCCCAUGCUGCUUGCAACACACGCCGCAUGCAAGUGCUCGCAAAGCCGCUAAAUGCAAAUGCAACUGAUUACAAUUUUGAUGAGAAGCCUCACAUAAUCUCAGUCCACAUAUGUGGCUUGAUCCUUGACGGCAGCUUUGGGUCGGCUUUUUGAAGGUUUUUUGACAAUUUUGUAAGGAAUUGUAAAUGUAAUCUAAUCUAUGUUAAUUUGGCUUAU